GACGAACGCACUUACUGAAAGGCACCUGAAAUCACAGCUGCAUACAAAAGAACGACAUGGCUGAGGAUGAGGUGACUGAGGAGCAGCUAGCAGCCAUCGCCGCAGAAAACGAGGAGCAAGAGCAGGUGAACUACAAGGCACCAGCCGUGAAGUCUGUGAAAGAGAUCCAGGAUCUGGAUAAAGAUGACGAGAGUCUACGCAAAUAUAAAGAAGCUCUACUUGGCUCUGGACCCACUGAGGCUGAUCCCACUAUUCCGAAUGUCCAAGUGACCCAAAUGUGUCUGGUCUGUGAAAUGGCCCCGGACCCCCUGAUCCUGGACUUGAAAGGAGACCUGGAAGCCUUUAAGAAGCAGGCCUUCAUCCUGAAGGAGGGAGUUGAAUACAAAAUAAAGAUCAGCUUUAAGGUGAACAGGGAGAUAGUUUCAGGUCUGAAGUAUGUGCAGCAGACGUACAGGAAAGGAAUGAAGAUUGAUAAAUCGGACUACAUGGUGGGCAGCUACGGGCCUCGUCCUGCUGAAUACGACUUCCUGACCACGGUCGAGGAGGCUCCUAAAGGUGUGCUCGCCCGAGGCAACUAUGUCAUCAAAUCCAAGUUUACUGACGACGACAAGCACGACCACCUGUCCUGGGAGUGGAACCUCAAUAUCAAGAAAGACUGGAAAGACUAAUAGAGGCCUUUUUGUUUGUGGGGGAGGGGGGGCGAGGGAAAGUCCCCCAUCAUUCCUCAGCCGCUGCCUCCCCCGCCCUGUCCCCUCCACCAUUUCUGCCUUCUCUGUUUUUACUUUGUCCUUCAUUUCAUGCCUUAUCACCCUGACGUCCUCCACUCCUCUCUGUCAGCAGCAGUAGCAUCAGCAGUAGCAGCAGUCUCCCUCACCCCCCUCAUCUGUCCGUCCACUCAUCACCUUCCCACUGUUCUCCCACCUCUGUCCUCACUCACUCCACACCGCCUCGUCCACCGAGCUGUGCCGUGUAGCACCUUAUUUCCUCACACCCAGCCCUCUUUUCAUCACUUCUCACAGAUUUCCUCGCUGCUUGAAGAGAUUAACCCCGCCUUCCACCUCUCCUCCAGAAUUGUCUUCCUCUCUCAGUAUGACUUACAUGUGGGAAAAGCAACUGUACAAUCAACUUUUGUUUGCCUUUUUUUUAUAUAAUUGUAUCAAUGGUUGUGUCAUGUGGCUAUAUUCACAUCACUGUUAAUCAACUGUUCAUUUAAGGCCCCACCACGUCCAACUGCACCCCCUACACACACACACACACACACACACACACACACACACAACCUUUUGCUACAGCAUUCCUUUGAUCACCUACAUGCUUACUGUCUUUUGAUAUGAUUACCAAUACCUGCCUUGGAAAAACAAUCCAUUCAGAUCUGCUCUGCGGCACCUCACUCCCUUCCCUAAAUGUAUUCACCCACUCCCCUUCUGAAUGGGGACUGGGGGCCCAAAGUAAACAAGGGAGUAAAGAAUAUAAGGGUAAGAAAAAGCUGCCUUAUGUUUUGAAUAAUGUCUAAAAAUGUUCCUUCUGCAUGCCUUGUGUGUAAGAGCAGCACUAUCAGGAAGCCUGUAUAUCAAGGGCUUACUCUCGCUACCAACUCACCUGUAGCACUUACUCACCUGCAGCCCUAUUCUGGUAGAGACUGUUUAUACAGGUGACUCAGAUACAGCUCUGCACACACCCACUGCCCCCCAAAAUAAACGUACCUUGUAAUGGAAGGGGGCUGAAUGUUCAUAAUCUGAGAAAAGGUACUAAACAAAGUAUUGAUGAAUCUGGGCACUCUUUGUUCCUCUGAGCCAUGAGGCCUUAGCACUAACUAUGAGAAAAUCAGACAUUUCUUUUGCCUUUUUUUUUAAAUUUGUUGUCCCUGUUUGCCUUAACAUAAACCACCCCCCCCAACAAAAAUCUCCUUGACUUCGCUCGUUCAGAACUCUAAGCCAGCCAGUCACAAGAGUCUCCCUGUGGAGGAGUAGUACCAGAGAGAGGAGGAGGCUGAGCCGGACACCAUCUGCUGCUGCCGGAGACCUCGGUGGUGUCUGGUCUCACCCUCUGAACAAACACUGAAAGUAGAGAAAGGAAAAGUGACCAGGCACUCUCCCUUUAGCCUCACAGAAAGAAAGCAGUGAAAGGAAAGGUCAGGUGACACUACAGGCGAAAACACAUGCUCAAUUCUUAAUGAGAGGCGAAUGAGAGUUUAAACACAACUGACCGUAUCGUAUCGUACCGAUCGUAACAACAACUCUAAAUCGACUCGUACUGUACCAGAACAUAUGGAUGUAAAACCUUUUUUUUUGUUUGUUUCUUCUGAUAAUGAUGUACUUCCUGCUCCAUACAUUCCUUCACAUUGUACAGUUUCUAUGAAAACGCUGGCAUGCUGGUGGGGUUGUAUAUUCUAUCAUCAUUUGUGAUUGCUCUUCUCGGUCAAUAAAGAUUUUGCUCAA